ACGGGUGGCUGCCGCCAAGCGCGGAUGUUGUUUUGCGACAGUCGGGGCGAAGGAAAGGCGCCGCCUCCUGUCUCCGGCAGAGCGCUCGGAGCUUCAUUUUGCGACGCUGCCGGGAGGGCUUUACGGGAGCCCGGCCUGUCUGCCUGCUGGUGCGCGGUACCACAGGCAGCAGCUCAACCCUCGGCCCGAGCCAUGGACGCGGACGGAGACGCGGGCUCGGUGGUUUCGGGGCUGUCGGGUGGAGAUGGAGCCGGUGCGGGCCCUGCUGAUGAGGAGCAGGAGAUGGAGGGAGCCCCCGGCUGCUCCGGGUCGCGCUCUUUGCCCUUCGAGUUCGAGCGGAGCCGCUCGGAAUCGAGCGGCGAUGAGGACGAUGAAGACGACGAUGAGGAGGAGGAGAUGGAGGAAGAAGAGCUGGAGGGGGACGCUGGGGGUCGCUUUGGUACAGAUGAUGGAGAGCUCGACUCGGACGACGACCGGGAGCGUAUGAUAAACCUCGCGGAGCUGACCCCUUACAUCCUGUGUUCCAUCUGUAAAGGUUACUUUAUUGAUGCUACGACUAUUACAGAGUGUCUGCACACCUUUUGUAAAAGCUGCAUAGUGAGGCACUUCUACUAUAGCAACAGAUGUCCAAAAUGCAAUAUAGUUGUACAUCAGACACAGCCCCUUUAUAAUAUCAGACUGGACAGGCAACUACAAGACAUAGUCUAUAAAUUAGUUGUCAAUUUGGAGGAAAGAGAAAAAAAACAAAUGCAUGACUUCUAUAAAGAGAGAGGAUUAGAAGUGCCCAAACCAGCUGUCCCACAGCCAGUUCCAGCGAGCAGAGGAAGACCUCGAAAGGUUCUGGGCUCUGUGUUCCGGAUCCCACCAGAACUUGACAUCUCAAUACUGCUCGAAUUCAUUGGCCUUUGGAAAAGAAGUUUGUGCGUGUUUCAGGGGAGGCAACAAUUGGACACGUGGAGAAAUUCCUCAGAAGGAAGAUGGAUCUGGAUCCUGCUUGUCAGUGGGCUCUCCCAACUGGAAGUGAAGCAAAAUGUUUGUGUUCUUCCACAGGUAGACAUAAUAUGUGGUGAUCACCUGUUAGAACACUACCAGACACUGAGAGAGAUCCGGCAAGUCAUAGGAGAAAGUGCUGUACAGGAUGGUUUACUUGUGCUGCACUAUGGCCUGGUGGUAUCUCCGCUCACCGUACCUUAGAGUGCUACAGUAUCAGGAGGUGAAAGAAUCCGAAGUCAUGAAGCUCCUUCACUGCUGUUCUCACCAAAGAAAACCAUCGUAUUUUCUGUGACAGGAAGCAAGUAAAAGAAACUACCACUGACUGCUGUAUGCUUGUAACUUAACAUCUGACUUUACCACUGUUUGUUUGGUUUUUUUACAAUGCUCUAUAUAUACAGCUAUUGAAUUUCACUCAGCUCAGGGACUUUAAAUGCUCAGAGUUGCUGCAUUUCUUUAAAUACUUCCUAAACCUGCAAAAUCUCACAGGGUGAACAGCCUUUCUCCCUAAGUUAUGGGAUGUUGUUUACUUUCUAAGUGUCUAAGCUAGAACAGUAUUCUCAGGGAUGAUCCUCAGUGGGCAGUACAGUAUAUUCUGGGGUGGAAACAGUCAUUUGGUGUAAGAAAGCUAAUAGUGAUCAUCUGUCUUCAGAUGUGAUCUGGGAGAGGAAGGCAACUCUUCAAAUGGAGACCGAAAUAGGUUGGAAAUGAUGUAUCACAAACUUUACUCAGUUGUUUUUCUUGAAGAAAAACAAUUUUGUUUGCACUUGAAAAAUAUUUGCUGGUAGUUUGACUUGCACCAAAUUGUGGGUCACGCAUCUCUAGUCUGAAUGGAGAUGAGCUGGCUGUAAGCUGGUUAAACUAUGCAUGGAGGGGGGGGGGGGGAAAAACAAGUAGCACCUCUUUCUACCUGCUUGCUGUGUUUAAAAUCACCUAAUUCUGCUGUCAUGUAAAAUCUGUCAAACUCAACUAGCAGGAGCUCAGGUUCCUUCAUUUUUUAGCACUCAUCUUUCUUGCAGCAGUGAAAAAUGGUAGCUUUAUCCACUCCUGCCAGUAUGUGUUAAUGAAUUGUAGUGGAGAGCAGGUUUGGGGGGUUAAAUAGCAUAGCAUGUGCCUGUUACUACCACCUUUAUGCAAGAUAGACAGUAGGCAAUGUUUCUGUUCAUAUUCAAUUACCAGGUUUUGUGACAGCUUUUCAGUUCUGUUCUGUUGAAGUCUUUCAUCAUUGUGCAGCAUUAAGGGACAGCUUUCUGUGCAACCCUCUUGCUGCACAUCGUGUCUUAUGUGUGGAGAUACAUGAAAGCUACUGUUCAGAACCAGGGUCCCUCCGUAGUCAGUAUAGUGAAGGGAAGAAGGUUCUUUAGUGAGGCAUUUCAGAGCACUUACAUUAGCUCAGAUGUUUGCUUACCGUCCUAUCUGCUGCAGUGCUGUCAGCACAGGAGUCCUGGCAUCUUUUGUCUAAAGAAAGCUUUCAUGGAUCGUUCUUCAGGUCUUUACAAUAGUGUGAAGUUUUGCCUGUAAAGGCAACACCGCAAGAAAAAAUCUCUUGAUUUGAAGUAAUUCUUGUGAUGCUUCUAAAAAUAAAACCCUAAACAAAGACAUGCCUAACUACAAUUGCCUGUUUUCCCUUCAAGGUUUGUACAAAAUUAGUGUUUAAAAUACGUUAGAAAACUGAAUUAUUUUGUAAAGACUUUGUGAGUUGUGUUGAUAAGAGAUUAUAUAUUGUGAUGGUAAAAUAAAGUCUAUUUUAGCCAAUUU